AUGGCUCACCUCUUCACUUUUGCUCCUGUGGAGCCUCCAAACUAUACUGAAGGUGUCAAAUCCAAUAACCAAAUUAAAUAUCCCGACACUCCCUUCUUCCAGGGGAUGAACAAGCCCGCGAGGUUCGAAGCGGACAUUUUUGAUCUCGAGGUCUCUGGGACCAUUCCGGAAGAUAUAAAUGGCACUUUUUACCGCAUACAACCAGACCACCGCUUCCCGCCGAUUUUUGAAGAAGACAUACACUUCAAUGGCGACGGAAUUGUAUCUGCCCUUCGCUUUGAAAAGGGCCAUGUGGAUUUCCGACAGCGUUACGUACACACCGAGAGAUUUAAGCAUGAGACGGCUGCAAGGAAGGCGUUGUUUGGUCGGUACCGAAAUAUCUAUACUGACAAUGAAGCCGUUAAAGGAGUCAUCAGAACGGCAUCGAACACCAAUGUUGUGUUUUGGAGAGGCAUGCUGCUCGCAAUGAAAGAGGACGGGCCACCCUAUGCAAUGGACCCAGUGACGUUAGAAACUAUUGGUCGUUACGAUUUUGAUGGGCAGGUAAACUCACCUACUUUCACUGCACACCCAAAAUUUGAUCCUGUAACCGGUGAGAUGGUUUGUUUUGGGUAUGAAGCCGGCGGAAAUGGUUGCGAUGCUUCGUGUGACAUUGUGGUGUAUACUAUCGAUGCCAAUGGCAAGAAGUCGAACGAGUCGUGGUAUAAAGCCCCAUUCUGUGGAGUCAUCCAUGACUGUGGGAUUAGUGAAAAUUACCUUGUGCUUCCAAUGACGCCUUUGAAGUGCUCACUUGACCGUCUGAAGAAGGGAGGGAACCAUUGGGCUUGGGACCCUAACGAAGACCAGUUAUAUGGAAUAGUACCGAGGAAAGGGGGCAAACCCGAGGAUAUUGUGUGGUUGAGAGCAGACAACGGUUUCCAUGGCCACGUGGCUGGCUGUUACGAAAAUGAAGACGGCCAUAUUGUCUUUGAUAUUGGCGUUGCAACCGACAAUGUUUUCUUCUUCUUCCCACCCGAAGGAACACCUCCCGAGACUCUUCAGAAGAGAAACAAAUUGACAUCUGACACCUAUCGUUGGAUAUUUGAUCCCAAGUCAAAAACCAACACCCGGGUCAAGCCUGCCGAGGUUUUUGGAAUCAAUGGAGAGUUUUCUCGCAUUGAUGACCGUCUGGUCACUAAGCAUUACAACCACUUCUGGCAAGUACAAAUUGAGCCCAACCGUCCUUAUGACUUCGAGAAGUGCGGGUCGCCAGCUGGAGGAUUCUUCAACGUUCUCGGGCAUUUCACCUGGGACGGAAAGACAAAAGAUGUCUACUGGGCUGGCCCGACAACAACGUUCCAGGAACCCGUGUUUGUACCGAAGAAAACAGAUAUUGAGGGCGAUGGUUAUCUUAUUGCGCUCCUGAACCAUCUGGACGUCGUACGCAACGACAUUCUCAUAUUCGAUGCCUUGCAUCUGGCCAAAGGGCCCAUCGCGGCCAUCCACCUCCCGUUCAAAUUGCGCCUCGGCUUACACGGAAACUUCGUAGAUCAAAGAGAUAUCGAGAACUGGGAGGAAUUGAGAAAAGCUGGUGGGGAAUUAGGACCAGUGAAGCCAGCAGAAAAACCUUUGCCUUGGCAGACAUAG